CCAGGCAGCACGAACUCAACAUGAAAUGUUAUUUCAAUGGAACUCUGCUGAUCAGCGUGCUCCCUCCACUGUUGGUGACAGAGUUUGUUUUGGGAGCUCUCGGAAAUGGUUUGGCUCUCUGGAUCUUCUGCUUCCACCUGAGGCCCUGGAAGAGCAGCACGGUGUUACUCUUCAACCUGGCCUUGGCUGAUUUUCUGCUCAACAUGGCUUUGCCUUUUCGUGCCAGCUACUACUUCUCUGAGAUCAAGUGGAUGUUUGGAGGCGCUCUCUGCAACAUCUGUCUCUUCAUGUUGGCCAUGAAUCGCAGUGGAAGUACAAUCUUCUUGAUGGCUAUCGCUGUGGACAGGUACAUGCGUGUGGUACAUCCCCAUCAUCCCAUCAACUCUCUGAGUAUCUCCAAAGCCAUAUGUGGAGCACUUGGCUUAUGGCUGCUCACCAUCUCAAUGACAGCUCAUGUCUUCACUCUGAAACACAACACAACCUACUGUGAGAGCUUCCUGAUCGAGACUGAACCCCAACGAAAUCUGACCUGGCAUAAAUUUGAGUUCAUCUUUUCCUUCUAUAUCCCUCUGCUGGUGAUUCUCUACUGUACAUUCCAAAUUAUUGGCCACCUGCGAAGGAGACAGCUGUCCCAGCAUGCAAAGAUCAAGAAGGCUCUGUGUUUCAUUGCAGUUGUGGCGGCGCUCUUCGUCAUUUGCUUCCUCCCGAGCAAUAUCACGCAACUGCUGAUUUGGAUCAGGACCCAACAAGUAGCCAGCACCCUUCCUGAAUCUGAAGUCUGCCCUGCUCUGGAAAACCUGACCACCUCGUUUUACAUCACCAUCAGCCUGACCUAUCUCAACAGCGUGUUGGACCCUGUGGUUUACUACUUCUCCAGCCCUGUCUUCAAGAACAUCUGCAGGAAAGCUCUUCAUCUGUCCCAAACAGACACUGCUGAAAGCACAGAGAGGAAAACUCGAGAAACAGGCUCCCAGUCUCUCAGUCAGCUGUGAUCACAAAAAUCAAGGAACUCAUUGAGACAGAUGCAGCUAAAAUACUGAUGAAAAGUGACACGUUUCUUUCAGUGUUGUCACGUAAGUGUUACAGCCAACAAAAACAUGUUAAAAAUUCCUCUUAUUCAGUAGUUAUGUAGCAUAUUUUGACUGCACUUUCCAAAUAUCUUUAUUGCCUUUGCAAAACAUGCUAUUGUAACACUGUGUUAUUUUUAUUUUUCUUUAUAUUAACUGCACUUUUUUUUCCCUAAUUAUUAAUUGCCUUUGCCACUGUAAAGACGUGACAUGAUAUAUGGUUUUAAUAUUUUGUCCAGCUUGGACACAUGUCAAACUACACCUCAACUGUGCAAACUCAAACAUACAGUUUUGAUGUUGUGUUAUUGAAGUCCAUUGCAUUAACCAGAUGUUGUUUUCAUACUUAUGACAUCAUAUAAAUAAAAUGCCAUCUUGUAAAACUGGAUCAUCAUUAGAAAAAACAUUUCCUGCAGAAAAUGUGUGUGAAUGCUGGCAACUGAAAUUGCAAAGCAUUGCUAAAAAUACAGGAAUCUUAGAGUGCAAAUCCACUGUACUGCUGAAAAACCUGGAAACUACAUGGUAAAACUGGCAGAACUGGAAGCUGAACUGCAUUACCUAAAGAAGAUAAGAGCUGAAUAAAUUCCUAGAAAAGCUGGAAGUUAAUCUGUAAUACUGCGAAAAGGUGAAUUUAAAUUAAUAAACUGGAAACUGGAACUGAAGUAGAAAUGCUUUGUACUUUAAAAGCAUCUCUGAAUAUAAGCUAAACAUGCCCUGAAAGGCCGCAACACAUUGACAUUUGAAUGGUUUAUGUAGCUGAAAGGAUGCAGAAGUAGUGGUCGAACAAAGUCUAAAUGAAGUCUGUAGAUUAAAGUAUGGAGAGAAGUACACUUUAAAAGUUGUCUAGAUUGAAGAUUUGUUUUUUUCCCCAAUUCAUUUCAACUAUUAAAAAUAUGUUAAAAAAAUCUAAAUAUUAUCAUAUUACUCUUGGAGGUUAUAUUUUCAUUUUUUUUCACUUAUAUCUUUAUUAAACAUUUUUUGUGACAUUGUCAUGUCAGUUACAACAGCAUAAUAGAAUAAAAAACAAAACAAAACAAAAAAACAAUUAGAGCUAACAAAACAAAAACUGCUUGGGUAAAUACACAUUUUUACAGCUUUAAGGAUUAGUGUUUCUAUUGAUUAUUAUUCCAGUCCACUGUCGUCUUUUUGAGUCUUGUAUAGAGUUCAAAAUACCAAAUUAUUUAAAAAUAUCUCCCUCCACUCCUAUGCUGACGACACACAGCUGUAGCUCCCUCUCAAGCCCAACUACAAGUUUAGUGUUGCCAGUCUCAUAAACGAC